GAGCCAAAAUGAAGUUCGGAAAAACAUUCGAGAGCCUUUUGACCAGCGAAUGGCGUCAGCAGUACAUGAACUACGCGGAUCUUAAAGCAAUGAUCCGCGAUGCCACAGAGAAUGCACCCGAUCCCAAGGAAGCCUCUAGCUUUGAGAUUGAAUCCUAUUUCAACGACUUUGAGACACUGUUCUUUUCCACCUGCCUGGAGGAACUGAAUCGCGUGAACGAGUUCUUCAAGCAAAAGAUAUCCGAGGCGCGUCGAAAGCUGGCCACCCUGAAGUAUCAGUUUCUGGUGUCCGAUCGACAUCGGGAUCCCCUAGGACAUGCCAAGAGCAAAAUGCACUUGGACGAUGGGGGGCAACGGAAGCCCCUGUCCCAGAGGAAGCUCCGUUUGGCCAGCACUGAAUUCUACUUGAGCUUGAUCAUGCUGCAGAACUAUCAAACGCUCAAUCAGACGGCCUUCCGUAAGAUAUGCAAGAAGUACGACAAGUACAUAAGAUCCAGUGAGGGCGCUUCCUGGUUCCAUGACAAUGCUCUUUAUGCUGAGUUUGCCAGGACCACGGAGCUUACGGCAAUGGUAACAUCCGUGGAGGAUCUCUACACGGGAUAUCUGGCAAAUGGCGACAGAUCCAAGGCCAUGGCCAAGCUAAGGGUUCCCCCUUUGGGUGAAAAGACUUCGCCAACGAGGGUUUUCUUUGCUGGUCUGUUUCUAGGGCUGUUCAUUGUAGGUGCUGUCAUGAGUGUGAUAUCAUGGUUCAGCUUGGACCUAAAACCCGGAUUCGAAUUCAUGUUUGUCAGUCUUCUACGUGGCCCUAUAAUGCUCGUCGUUUACGGAAUUUACUUGGCUCUCAAUGUGGGCAUAUGGCAAAAAGUUGGCAUCAAUCAUGUCCUCAUUUUCGAAGUGGAACCCAGGAAUCAUGUGGGCUUCCUGGGCGUCCUAGAAAUAGUCUGUUUCUUUGGCUAUCUCUGCACCAUCGUUAUCCUGGGAUACUUGUACAGCGAUGAGUUUGGCAUCGAGGAGUAUUACAUCCUGCCGUUGAUAUACAUGGCACUCAUGGCAGUGAUGUUUCUCAAUCCCAUCCGGAUCAUGAACUUUCCCUUGCGCCUUUGGUUGCUGAAACUCUUCGGGAGAGUGUUGGCUGCUCCGUUUUUCUAUGUGGGCUUUGGGGACUUUUGGGUCGGCGAUCAACUGACUUCGAUGGUUCUGUGCAUUGUAGAUCAUUAUUAUUUAGUCCGUUUCUACAUCCGUUACUACAACAAGAUGGACAAUUUAUACGGCUUUGAGCCCGACUAUGGAGUGGCUGUCAUACGUUGUCUGCCAGCCUGGUUCCGACUGGCCCAGUGUCUGAGACGCUACCGGGACAGUGGAUCCAAGUCCAAGGUGUAUCUGAUGAAUGCCGCCAAGUACUGUCUUGCGAUAAUGGUGGUUGUCUUUUCCACCAUACAAAUGGAGACAAAUGCCAAAUAUGAUUACAUGUUUCAAAAUCCCUGGGCCUGGCUGUACAUCUCCACUGCCCUCUUAACGAGUGUCUACUCUCUGGGCUGGGAUCUAUUGCAGGACUUUGGCUUGUUUCGAAUCUGGAAACGGGAGAAUCUGUUUCUGCGUGAGAAUCUGGUCUUUCCAAAGUGGUUCUAUUAUUUUGCUAUACUGGAAAACACACUCCUUCGUUUCGUUUGGAUUCUGGAAAUAGUUUUAGUCCACUUCGAUGUGCUCACGGUCUACCAUUGCAAGUCCUUGAUCAUCUUUUGCGAGAUAACGCGACGCUUUGUGUGGAAUCUACUGCGUUUGGAGAACGAACAUCUAAAUAAUUGCGGAAAAUUCCGAGCCACUCGAGACAUUUUCCUAACAGCCUUGAAUCCCACCGAAGAGCUCCUGCUGGAACGAAUGAUGGAUGAGUCGGAUCAUCGUCUUUCGAGCAGACUGUCUCGGCAUCCGACCCCAGAUCCGGAAAGCCCCAGACUUGACAAAAAGUACUUUUAAAUUCGAUUUAUGUCCAUCACUCUUUGAAUUCUCUAUCGUUAAAUAAAAUCUGUGAAAUCUGU